AUUUUAGACAAUGGCUUGUCUUAAUUGAGAGGAACUAGUCUACAAAUUUUUGUAUACAAUUACAUUACAUAGUACCUCGUCCCCGCGCAUCAAGUGUGGAAAUUAAAAACUGAGAUCAUUGGAAUGUAAAAUCCAGAUCUGUAACAUUCAUUUCUCCAUUCUCUACUCUUAAUUUUUCUCACUACGACCUCCAUUUUCAUCGAAAUCAAUAACUCAUUGUCUCUUCUUCCUUUACUUUUGUAUCAGAUCUUAGAUACCUAGCUUAAUCUCACAUUUCUCUUUUUUCAAUCAUUUCUAGGGUUUCUAUCUCUAUUUGAUCUCAAUUCUACAUUAUUAUUGAGAUCAUUUUCCGCGAUUUUACAAAUUGAUUAUAGUUUUUCUAAGUCACAAUGUUGACGAAAUUCGAAACGAAGAGUAAUCGAGUGAAAGGACUAAGUUUCCAUCCCAAAAGACCAUGGAUCCUGGCGAGUUUACAUAGCGGUGUCAUUCAAUUAUGGGAUUAUCGAAUGGGAACCCUAAUUGACCGCUUUGAUGAACAUGAUGGUCCUGUUCGCGGCGUCGAUUUUCAUAAAACUCAACCUCUUUUCGUUUCUGGAGGGGAUGAUUACAACGUUAAAAUAUGGAAUUAUAAAUUGCACAGAUGCCUCUUUACACUACUGGGACACCUUGAUUACAUCCGCACUGUCCAAUUUCACCAUGAACAACCCUGGAUUGUCAGUGCUAGUGAUGAUCAGACAAUAAGGAUAUGGAAUUGGCAAUCGCGUAGUUGUAUAUCUGUGUUGACUGGGCAUAACCAUUAUGUUAUGUGUGCCUCCUUUCAUCCCAAGGAAGAUCUUGUAGUUUCAGCUUCAUUGGAUCAAACAGUUCGUGUUUGGGAUAUUAGUCCUUUGAGGAAAAAAAGUGUUUAUUCUAUGGAUGACAUCCUGCGUUUGAGUCAAAUGAAUACUGAUAUAUUUGGCAAUGUUGAUGCUACUGUUAAGUAUGAUUUGGAGGGUCAUGAUCGGGGAGUUAAUUGGGCUUCUUUUCAUCCAACUCUUCCUUUAAUUGUGUCUUGUGCUGACGAUCGUCAAGUUAAAAUCUGGCGUAUGAAUGAUACCAAAGCUUGGGAGGUUGACACCUUGAGAGGGCACACGAAUAACGUUUCUUGUGUUCUAUUUCAUGCUAGGCAGGAUAUUAUUGUUUCAAACUCAGAGGACAAAAGUAUUCGUGUAUGGGAUGCUACAAAGAGAACUGGUCUCCAGACAUUUAGAAGGGAGCAUGACCGUUUCUGGAUUCUGACAGUUCAUCCUGAGAUGAACCUUAUGGCUGCUGGUCAUGAUAGUGGAAUGAUCGUCUUUAAGCUGGAAAGAGAACGCCCUGCUUUUUCUGUCAGUGGUAAUCUUGUAUAUUAUGUUAGGGAUCGUUUCCUACGGGUUUAUGAAUUUUCAACUCAGAAGGAUACCCAAGUCAUCCCGAUACGUAGGCCUGGUGCCAGCAUACUCAAUCAAAGCCCAAGAACACUUUCUUACAGUCCCACCGAGAAUGCUAUCUUGAUGUCAUCUGAUAUAGAUGGUGGAUCUUAUGAAUUAUAUAUUGUCCCUAAAGAUGGCUCAGGUAGGGGUGAUUUGGUACAAGAAGCAAAGAGAGGUCUUGGGAGUUCUGCAAUUUUUGUUGCUCGUAACAGAUUUGCUGUAUUGGAGAGGAGCAGCAACCAAGUUUCAUUGAAGAAUCUAAAAAAUGAGGUUGUGAAGAAGGUUGCGCUUCCUGUUUUAGCUGAUGCAAUAUUUUAUGCAGGGACUUCAAAUAUUCUUUGUAGGUCUGAGGAUAGGGUGCUGGUAUUUGACCUUCAGCAGAGGCUUGUUCUGGGGGAACUUCAAACUUCUUUUGUUAGAUAUGUUGUCUGGUCAAAUGACAUGGAAAAUGUUGCUUUGUUGAGUAAACACUCAAUAAUUAUAGCGACCAAGAAACUUGAGCACAGGUGCACACUUCAUGAAACCAUCCGUGUGAAAAGCGGAGCCUGGGAUGACAAUGGUGUUUUCAUCUAUACCACUCUCAAUCACAUUAAAUAUUGUCUUCCCAAUGGGGACAAUGGAAUUAUCCGUACUCUUGAUGUUCCAUUAUACAUCACAAGAGUGGCAGGCAAUACCAUAUUUUGUUUAGAUCGUGAUGGUAAAAACCGUGUUAUGUCUAUCGACGCAACUGAGUAUACUUUCAAGCUUUCCCUCUUGAGGAAAAGAUUUGACCAAGUAAUGGGUAUGAUCAAGCGCUCUGAGCUUUGUGGUCAGGCCAUGAUUGCUUAUCUUCAGCAGAAGGGUUUCCCAGAGGUUGCACUUCACUUUGUUAAGGAUGAGAAGACUCGCUUUAACUUGGCCUUAGAAAGUGGUAAUAUCGAAGUAGCUGUUGCCUCUGCCAAUGUGAUUGAUGACAAAAAUCAUUGGUAUAUGUUGGGGGUUGAGGCCCUUCGUCAAGGCAACGCAGACAUUGUGGAGUAUGCAUAUCAAAAGACAAAGAAUUUUGAGAGGCUGUCAUUCCUCUAUCUAGUAACUGGAAAUAUGGAGAAACUGGUCAAAAUGCUGAAAAUUGCUGAAGUAAAGAAUAAUGUUAUGGGUCAGUUUCACAAUGCUCUUUAUCUGGGUGAUAUUCAGGAACGAAUCAAGAUUUUGGAAGCUUCUGGGUAUCUGCAUCUUGCUUAUAUCACUGCCUCCGUUCAUGGGGUUCAUGAUGCUGCUGAGCGUCUUGCUGGUGAACUUGGGGAUGACAUUCCUGAAAUUCCCCGGGGAAAGUCGCAAUCCCUCUUGAUUCCACCUAGUCCGAUAAGUGGUGGUGCAAACUGGCCAUUGUUGACAGUCAUGAAGGGAAUGUUUGAUGAUUAUGGAAGAAACACACAGGAUGAGGAUGAAGAAAUUGCUGAAGAAUGGACUGAGGCCUUGGAGAUUGAUGAGGAGGACAAUGGAGUCAUUGUUGCUGAUUUGGAAGGCUCUGAAUUGCAUGAUAUUGAUGAUGAUGAGGAUGAUGGAUGGAAGCUUGACCUGGACCUUCCUCCUGAGUUUGACUCUCCCAAGGUGACCAGUAAUGGGUCCUUUUCUGUAUAUGUUGCACCUACCCCAGGAGUUCCUGUGAGCCAGAUAUGGACCCAAAAAUCAUCACUUGCUGCUGAAUGUGUUGCAGCUGGAAGCUUCGACACUGCUAUGCGUUUGCUUAACAGGCAACUGGGCAUAAAAAAUUUUACCCCACUGAAACCACUGUUUAUUGAUCUAUUUUGUGGCAGCCAUUCCUGCGUGCUUGCCCUUCCUUCUGCGGCUGUGAUUACUGUGGCCCUGGAGAGAGGAUGGAAUGAGUCAUCAAGUCCUAAUGUGAGGCGUCCACCUGCUCUUGUUUUUAGUUUCUCUCAAUUGGAGGAAAAGCUUAGAAGUGGUUACAAACUAACAACUGCUGGGAAGUUGGUUGAUGCACUACGGACAUUUGUUAAUAUACUUUAUACAAUUCCAUUGAUAGUGGUUGAGUCAAGGAGAGAAGUUGAUGAAGUUAAGGAAUUAAUCGCCAUAGUGAAAGAGUAUGUUGUGGGCUUGAAGAUGGAACUAAAGAGGAGGGAACUUAAAGACAGCCCAGUUCGGCAGCAGGAAUUGGCUGCAUACUUUACACACUGUAACCUUCAGGUCCCCCAUUUGAGGCUUGCAUUGCUAACUGCUAUGACAAAUUGCUACAAAGCUGGAAAUCUAAUUACAGCUGCCAAUUUUGCACGUCGACUCUUGGAAACCAACCCCACCAAUGAGAAUCAAGCAAAGACAGCACGGCAAGUACUUCAGGCUGCUGAAAGAAACACGAAGGAUUCAACUGAGUUGAACUAUGAUUUCAGGAACCCAUUUGUUGUCUGUGGGGCAACUUAUGUACCUAUUUACCGGGGUCAGAAGGAUGUCACAUGUCCUUACUGCAGUUCUCACUUUGUUCCAGCUCAGGAAGGCCACAUUUGCUCUGUUUGUGAUCUUGCAGUCAUCGGAGCAGAUGCAUCUGGCUUAGUUUGUUCCGCUACACAGAUAAGAUAGGUUGAUUGCACUGUGAAUGAAGCUGUUAUACUUUUCGGCCCCAGAGUGAAUUUCCUCGACGCAAUUUCUGCGAGAGGCAGGAAAUUGAAAUUGAGUCUAGUUUCCUGAUAUAUCAAGCGAUUUUCCACAUUAAUUUUUUUUAUCCCACCCUUUACCUUUUCACUUUGUCACAUAUAUUUGUAUACCUGGUCUCUGUUCAUUAGCUGUAUUGAAUCUUGACUCUGAUUUUGAGCAACAAACUUUCAGAAUUUUUAGGCUAUUCUUUGGAUUCGACAAGUAAUUGUCAUCUGGGCAGGAAGUAGGUACCUACUUUAUUAAAUUUGAAGGGUUUUAGUUUCAACUUUUGUAUUCUUGUACGACGAAUUUACAAUGUACUAAUAGAUCUCAGUAUAUCCAUGGUGUAUUAUUUUUCUUC